UUUAAUUGCCACAACAACGGGGCUGAAACGUCAAAUUUUCGUUAAAUGGAAAGUCAUUCCGACCACCAAGUGCGUCUUUCGGUAAAUAGCUAAAAUCUUGGCGCGGUUCGGCGUUAUUCGGCAAUAGCGCCCUUAGCAUGGAAGGAAAAAACACGUGAUCCUGAUCAAAAAUAUGUCGGCUAGAAUGGAGCAGACUUUAUCAGGCCCAAAUAAAAAGAAGUACAACAUGGCAUCGCGUUCACCUCUAAUCCUGAACUCUUUAGAUCCUAAUAUCAACAAUCGGGAAAAUGGUAGUGUCGAUCCCCCUUCUCUAUCGGAUAGAGUUUCUUCCCAGCUCCUCGAGCAGCAGCUAGAAUCGCUCAAUCUUCAGGGAAACGUCAAUCGGGGUUGCAGCAGUAUUUUGUUGCUCGAUGGAAGUGAAAACCUCAACAUAAAAUCGGAAAAGCUAUUUUUGUCCGCUUUAAAUUUGGAACCCAACAAAAAAGUGAAAGUUGUGUCCAUAUUCGGCAAUACCGGAGAGGGUAAAUCCUUUACUUUGAAUAAGGUGUUCUUCAAUGGCGACGAAGUUUUUAAAACGUCAUCGGCUCAGACUUCGUGUACUAUGGGGGUUUGGGCAAAAUAUGACCCCAACUUGAAAGUUAUUUGUUUGGAUACUGAAGGACUUUUAGGCAUAUCUAAUAAAGAAAACCAACGUACUCGGCUUUUACUCAAAGUGUUGGCCAUUUCCGACAUCAUUAUUUACCGAACGAGGGCCGAACGCUUGCAGAAGGACAUGUACACCUUUCUGGGAGCUGCUUCUAAAGCGUACAGAGACCACUUUAGCGCGGCGCUGCAAAAGGCCUUAUCGAAAGCCGAUGGGGAAAAAAUCGUGCCAGGUCUAGGCCCGGGUGUCGUUGUGUUCCACGAAACCCGUCACACGGAAACCCUGUUCAAAAGCACCAGUGUGACGCAAUCGGCAGAGGACAUAAUAAGAACCACUUUCGGUGAACUCGACUUGAGUUGCGACGCUUUUAGUUUCCUGAAAUACGUCGGAGUCAAGACCCAGGGACACACCGAGACGUCCUUUACAGAGUUGAAACGCGCCUUGGAGAAGGAACUGGAAAGUACGGACGUACGGUCGCCACGGGACGCGAAAUACAUUUAUAUGAUGCUAAAGAGUGUUAACGAAAAAUUCUUGAGUCCCAUUAACGACACCAACCCGCAGCAAUAUCUCGCCGCCUUUUUCACGUGUCCCGACAAGUGUCAGUCGUGCAGGGCCGGGUGCAGCCUCUCCAUGGGCCACAAAGACGAGGGCGAGCCUCAUUUCAGCAACAAAGUGUGCAAAUACCAACACCAAUAUCAAAACUGCGUGUAUUUGUGUAAGCAAUGUUACAAGACGGGAAGCCGAGUGGUGGUCAAGCCGAGCUACCAGACCAUGAACGAAACUUCGUGGACGUCGUACUUGAAUUACGUGUGGUCGGGUUACGUCAUCGAGUGCCCGAAUUGCGGGGAAAUAUACCGCAGUAGGCAGCACUGGUACGGCAAUAAGAAUCCGGAAGAAGGCGCAGUGAGAACGGAGAUUGUCCACAUCUGGCCGGGGGACAAGGCGUAUUUUCAGGAAAGAGUACUUUUGAGCAGCCAAAAUUCCGCCCAGAAAGUGCUCGACGGUGUAAACGUGAUCACGGACGUGGUCGCCAACGUUAGCUGUCAACCGACGAGAGUGCUGACUAGCUGGGUAGCGGACAAAAUCGCCCCCAGCUAUUGGAGACCUAACCACGAGAUUAAGGAAUGUUUCAAAUGCCACACCCCCUUUGCUCCUGCCGCCACCAAGCAUCAUUGCCGUUCCUGCGGCGAGGGUUUCUGCGAGAACUGCUCGUCGAAACGUAGACCGGUGCGUCACAGGGGUUGGGAUACAGACGUGAGGGUGUGCGACGAUUGUUACGCGGAAAUGGAAGAAUCGGAACAGGACGCCAAUAGCAUUUCGCAGGACGGAUUGGCCGAGAUAAGGGCGCGCCAAAUCGGGGAAACGGUGGUCAAUCUGAUAUCCGCUGGGAAAUCCGUGCUGGACAUUCCCAAAGACUUUAUAAAGGAGACGGCCAGACCCAGCUACUGGACGCCCGACAGCGAGUGUCUCAACUGCGUCUUAUGCAAGAAUCCCUUCGGUGCGCUGUUGCCACUGCACCAUUGUCGCGACUGCGGCAGAGGAGUUUGUGAUAACUGUUCGAAUUCGAGGCGGAGCGUUCCGGCUAGGGGUUGGGACGCUCCCGUACGAGUGUGCGAUUCGUGCCGUUAAAGAAUCAACGAUUUUGAUAUUACAAGAUUUUCGACCCUUUUUUACCUGCAACGGUACAUCACCUUUUGGGACUGUGUGUUUGGCAGUGUAUUUUUAAGUGAUUGAGAGGAAAAUAGUAAAAAAUCAUACAGAUACGGGGUGACAUUGAUUGGUAGUCCACGCAUAUGUACGUCGGUUUCUCUAUCUAACCGCCUUUUUUUUCUGGAACCGACUCGCUUGGGCUCGAAGUUUUUAGUGGGUUUUAUAUUUUGUCCAAAAAUUUGUCGCUAUGCUUACAUUUUUCUUUUUUAUAAUUUUUAUAUGGUUUUUAUGCCAUGGUACGUUUUUAUACAGGGGUGAUUGACGACGAAUUGUAUGUAUAAAGGAUGAUUCAAGUUGACGUUCUGAAGAUUUAAAUAGGUUUAUUUUUGCAAAUUUUGCUAAGUGCGUCAGCAUCGCCGGUUCUGUCUUCUUCUGCCGGUUUUCAAUGUAAAUAGUGCUUUCGAAUCUUGAUACUUGGUCUCGGAUAUCGGAUUUCGUGUUUUAUGUGAAAGUUUUAAAGAACAGGAUACCUCGGCUGCGUCUUGUACUGCUUUUGUGCACUUCAUUUGGGUUUUCACCAUCUAACACGUCAAGCACUCAAGAAGGUUACUUCCUUGGUAGAUACCGGCAAAGGUAGAUGCAGUCACCUCUUAUAAAAAAAAACUGUUGAAUGUUGGGUUCCUCUCUUGGACGAACCUUUCAUUCACGUGCCUCUUUACACUGUUUAAACUGUACUUAGUACACAAUUGUGAUGUUCAGUGAGAGAAGUGACCUUUUUGACAUGCGUUCCUCUUGUUCUCUAAAGUAGGUUUUUUUUUAAUGACUCCUUUCUUUAAAUGUUUACAAUCCUUUAUCUUCUCGCCCUUGAUGGGGAAGAAAAAUGGCCUCGACAAAGCCACCGUGUUUAUAAAUUGCCAGUAAUGGCAUUUUGUAAUAAAAGAGAUGUAAUGCAAGUCUACUGUACCAACAAGUGAGUAAAAUAUGGCCGUACACCACAUGUGAAAACAAAAAACUGUUUAGUUCUCUAGAACGUCUAAAACGAAUCACUCUUUAUAUUUCGGGUUUGAAAAGUAUAUGGAAUUUAGUUUUUAAAGGUUUACCAUCCUGGCUAAGCCAAUAUUUCGCUUAUUUCGCCCGUUAUCGAUCAUUUACGGCAGAAUAUCGUCGAACGUUUGUUAUUUUUCUUUAUUAUGUGGACAUUCCGCGUGACUGAAUGCAUUUAGAAGGUGGGAAAGUAUAUACUUUUGUUUUGUUUUAUCUAUUUUUUAUAUAUAUACAAGGUGUGCGCGUUUUUAAUUGAGAAACCCGUUGACUAACUUUACACACGAUAUAAAGAAUUGUUAUGAUCUGUGUGCAACUAUUUUGUUAGUUGUUACCGAAAAUAUAGA